GAUGAUCUAGUCACAUCCAUCAUCUCCCUCCUUCUCUUCUCUCGCUCUUUGUCUAUUUUUCUCUCUUACUUUAUUUCCUCAUUUGCUCUCUUUGGGUAAGAGAGAGAGAGAGAGAGCCAGUUUAAUGGCGAAAACCUCACAGCAAAACCAGAAGAAUACUGCUGGAAGCACAAACAGGAGCAGCAGCACCACUAGCACUGUUACAACAACAAAAGUCAAGCGAACGCGGAAAAGCGUCCGCCGUGACUCUCCGCCCCAGCGGAGCUCCAUAUACCGUGGCGUCACGAGGCAUCGAUGGACGGGUCGAUACGAAGCUCAUCUGUGGGACAAGAAUUGCUGGAAUGAGUCGCAGAACAAGAAAGGAAGACAAGUUUAUCUAGGGGCAUAUGAUGAUGAAGAAGCUGCUGCACGUGCUUAUGACUUGGCGGCAUUAAAGUACUGGGGACGAGAUACAAUCCUCAAUUUCCCAGUAUCCACAUAUGAAGAAGAGCUCAAAGAAAUGGAGAGCCAGUCGAAAGAAGAAUACAUUGGAUCAUUGAGAAGGAAAAGUAGUGGAUUUUCUCGCGGGGUUUCAAAGUAUAGAGGCGUCGCAAGACACCAUCAUAAUGGAAGAUGGGAAGCUCGAAUAGGCAGAGUAUUUGGAAACAAAUACCUUUACCUUGGAACCUUCGCUACACAAGAAGAAGCAGCCACAGCAUAUGACAUGGCAGCAAUAGAGUACCGUGGACUUAAUGCCGUUACAAACUUUGAUCUUAGCCGUUACAUCAAGUCUCUGUGCCCAAAUACUACAAACGGGCCUAACGACGAUCAACAAAACCCCAACGGUGACCUCUAUGAAAUGCAAAACCCUGAUGGCGUCCUCAACCAAAUGCACAACCCUAAUGGUAAACCAGAACUGGAGAUCAUGCCUGACCACACUAGUUCGAGUAGCGCUAGCGAUUCUUCGGUUGUCUUGCCGCGGACAGGAAAUGGUUCUUCAGCGUCAUCUGCACUAGGGCUCUUGCUACAAUCUCCCAAGUUUAAAGAAAUGCUUGAGAGAUCCUCUGUUAAGGAGUGCUCACCAACACUUUCAGAGCCAGAGAUACGUCGACGCAUUUUUCCUGAUGACAUUCAAACGUAUUUUGAUUGCCAAGACUUGAACAGCAUUGCGGAAGGAGAUGACAUUAUUUUUGGUGAGUUACAGCCGUUUGCUUCGCCUGUUUUUCACUGUGAACUUGAUGCAUGAAGAUGAUCCGCAAAGGAAGUUGAAGACGUAUACUGGUAUAGAAUGAGACCAGUUUUAUUUCGAUGUUCUUGUGAAUAUGGAGGUAAAAGGACAUCGUGAUCAUUGACAAAGAAGGAGAUGGUAAAGACGAAAGUAUGCUAAUUCUUGUUUAUUGGUUGAUUUUCAUAUAGAUGGGAAUAUACGUUCAUUUAUCCAAUAUUUUCAUAAGAAGAUAAGUUCAAAAGUUGGCAUUUAAGGGCCACACCUAUUUACUUCA